AUGCUCCCCUGGGGCAUGAGCUGUUUGUCGGUGCUGGGGGCGGUAGGCACUGCUCUCCUGUGUGCUGGCUUGCUGCUCGGCCUGGCACAGCACCUCUGGACCCUCCGCUGGACGCUGAGCCGGGACCGGGCCUGCGCCCUGCCCCUGCCCAAGGGCUCCAUGGGCUGGCCCUUCUUCGGCGAAUCGUUGCACUGGUUAGUUCAGGGCUCGCGCUUCCACAGCUCCCGCCGGGCGCGCUACGGGACGGUGUUCAAGACGCACUUGCUGGGCAGGCCGGUGAUCCGCGUGAGCGGCGCGGAGAAUGUGCGCACCAUCCUGCUGGGCGAACACCGCCUGGUUCGCAGCCAGUGGCCGCAGAGCGCGCACAUCUUGCUGGGGGAGCACACACUGCUCUGCGCUGUGGGCGAGUCGCACCGGAGGCUGCGCAAGGUCCUGGCGCGCGCGUUCAGCCGCGCGGCGCUGGAGCGCUACGUGCCGCGCCUGCAGAGGGCGCUGCGGCGUGAGGUGCGCUCCUGGUGCGCGGAGCCCGGGCCCGUGGCGGUCUACCAGGCAGCCAAGGCGCUCACCUUCCGCGCAGCCGCGCGCAUCCUCCUGGGGCUGCGUCUGGACGAGGCCCAGUGCGCCGAGCUGGCCCGAACCUUCGAGCAGCUGGUGGAGAACCUCUUCUCCUUGCCCCUGGAUAUGCCUUUCAGCGGCCUGCGCAAGGGCAUCCGGGCUCGGGACCAGCUGCAUCGGCACCUGGAGGAGGCCAUUGCAGAGAGGCUUCGGGAGGACAGGGCUGAGGAGCCAGGGGAUGCCUUCGAUCUGAUUGUCCACAGCGCCAGGGAACUUGGCUGUGAGCUCUCCGUGCAAGAACUCAAGGAGUCAGCUGUGGAGCUGCUCUUCGCUGCCUUCUUCACCACGGCCAGCGCCAGCACGUCUCUAGUCCUGCUGCUGCUGCAGCACCCAGCGGCCAUCGCCAACAUCCAGCAGGAGCUGGAGGCUCAGGGGCUGGAGCGCCCGUGCAGCUGCGCUCCGGGUGCCGUGGGAGGUGACCCGGGGCUCGGGCCCGACUGUGGCUGCGAGCCGGACCUCAGCCUCGCCACACUGGGCCGCCUGCGCUACGUGGACUGCGUGGUCAAGGAGGUGCUGCGCCUCCUGCCGCCAGUGUCCGGGGGCUACCGCAUCGCCUUGCGCACCUUCGAGCUAGAUGGCUAUCAGAUCCCCAAGGGUUGGAGUGUGAUGUACAGCAUCCGGGACACGCACGAGACCGCAGCGGUGUACCACAGCCCGCCCGAGGGCUUCGACCCGGAACGCUUCGGGGCGACGCGCGAAGAUGCGCCAGGAGCCGCGGGCCGCUUUCAUUACAUCCCAUUCGGCGGCGGCGCGCGGAGCUGCCUCGGCCAGGAGCUGGCGCAGGCGAUGCUCCAGCUGCUCGCGGUGGAGCUGGUGCGCACCGCGCGGUGGGAGCUGGCCACGCCUGCCUUCCCCGCCAUGCAGACGGUGCCCAUCGUGCACCCGGUGGACGGACUGCAGCUCUUUUUCCAUCGCCUAGCGCCCCCGGCGGCGGCGGGGGGCUCAGGCCCCUGA